AAAAAAAAAAAAUUUACACCGAUUUUGAAUAUUCUCUCAAUCGCUUUUUUUUUUUUUACCGCAGACCAAAGCAAUGUCAUCGGCGGGACUCUCUGGCGGCGGCGGAGGAGGCGACGGGCGGCGCUACUUCUGCUAUCAAUGCGAGCAGCACGUCAGCGUCGCGCCUCCUUCUUCACCGACUGCCGAACUCUUUUGCCCCAUUUGUAAUGGUACAUUUUUAGAGGAAUCGGAAACCGCCGCUCCCGCAAACCCUAUCCCUAACCCCUUCUUAACCGACAGCUUUCCUGCCUCCGCCGCCUUUGGCGGAUUGCCGAUUGUCUUCCCUUCUGCCUCCGGGGCGCCUGGCGGCGCCGCCUUUACGUUAUCCUCUGGGGCAGAAGCUGUCGGACUUGAUGAUCCCUCCAUGCUAUUCGGUUCUCGAUCUCCGAAUGAGUUCAAUCCUUUCGCCUUCCUCAACAGCUAUAUCAGUGGUCUUCAGGCGAGGGGGGCUAAUAUUCAGCUUGUUUUUGAGUCCCCUGGCGGCGAUGGGGGAUUAGUCGGCGGUGCGGCUGAUUUUAGGCUCCCUCCAAAUUUAGGGGAUUAUUUCAUCGGUCCUGGAUUUGAGCAAUUGAUUCAGCAGCUUGCGGAGAAUGAUCCGAAUCGAUAUGGAACACCGCCGGCAUCGAAGUCUGCGGUGGAAGGAUUGCCUGAUAUAAAGAUAACUAAGGAGAUUUUGGAUUCGGAUUCUUCGCAAUGCGCUGUGUGUAAAGAUAGCUUCGAAUUGGAUGAAGAGGCGAAGCAGAUGCCUUGCAAGCAUAUAUACCAUAAGGAUUGUAUAUUGCCUUGGCUUGAACUUCAUAAUUCUUGCCCUGUUUGCAGAUAUGAACUGCCCACUGAUGACCAGGAUUAUGAAAAUCAAAGGACUGGUCAGUCGAAUGACAAUAGCACUAGGAGCAUUGAGAGCAGAAACUUAGGGUUUGGGACAGUUGUUGGCAAUCAGGAGAACAGGGAUGGCAAUUCACCAUCGCCGAGAAUGGUGGAGCGGAGGUUUAGGGUAUCUCUUCCAUUUCCAUGGAUGUGGAGAGGGAUGGGUUCUCCAGCGGAGACAAGUGCUGGUGGAGGAGCUACAGGUAGUGAUGGAGGGAAUAACAGCGCCAAUAACAACAACAAUGGUAACAAUACUGGAGGAUCCGAUGCUGCAGGAUCUGGAGCUGGAAGAGGACAAGCUAGAGAGGAGGACCUCGACUGAAGUGUUGGUUAACUUCGGUGUGAUGAGGAAAGUUUUUCAUGCUUCUAAUCGGGCGGGCUGCGGUGGAGUAGUGUAUUCAAAUUUGUAGCAAGCUGAACAGAUAUAUACCUUCCAUAAGAGCGGCCAUGGAGCAUUGUUAUUGGUUGUUUGCGAAUAAAAGCAGGUAGACAUUUCUGUUUUUGCUUUUAGACAUGGUAAAACGUUGCAAAUGAAACCUGGUGCUUAACUGAUUUAUGACUCUCGUAUAUAUCCAUACCUUGCUUGCAUGCUCCAUUGUAGAAAUCUUCUGAAACCGUGUUGUUAUAAGUUGGAUUCGAACUUGUGUCUGUUUUGUGAUCCCUAGUUUUUGUAAUAGGUAUAGAUAUAGAUAUUGCCAUGGUGGUUCUA